CAGCUAUAAAUAGCCAUUAGGGCCCAAGCAAGUGGCCUUAAUGCAUGGCUUUCCUUCAAAAAAUGCAGACACAUUUUAAUUAAAUUUGUAAUUAACCUCUGGGAGGGCAGGUCCCCGGAUUCCAUCCGCUUCUGAAGACACUAGCGAGAUGGGGGUCACCGCCGUGCUCAUGCUGCCCCUGCUGCUGUUAGGAAUCAGUGGCCUUCUCUUCAUCUACCAGGAGGUGUCCCGGCUGUGGUCCAAGUCAGUUGUGCAGAACAAAGUGGUGGUCAUCACCGACGCCAUCUCGGGACUGGGCAAGGAGUGUGCUCGGGUGUUCCAUACUGGUGGAGCCAGGCUGGUGCUGUGUGGAAAGAACUGGGAGAGGCUUCAGAGUCUAUACGAUGCCCUGAUCAGUGUGGCUGAUCCCAGCAAGCAGACAUUCACCCCAAAGCUGGUCCUCUUGGAUCUCUCAGACAUCAGCUGUGUCCAGGAUGUGGCCAAAGAGGUCCUGGAUUGCUACGGCUGCGUGGACAUCCUCAUCAACAACGCCAGCGUGAAGGUGAAGGGACCUGCCCAUAAGAUUUCUCUGGAGCUCGACAAAAAGAUCAUGGAUGCCAAUUACUUUGGACCCAUCAUAUUGACCAAAGCCCUGCUCCCCACCAUGAUCUCCCGGAGGACCGGACAAAUCGUGUUAGUGAACAACAUCCAGGGGAAGCUUGGAAUCCCCUUCCGCACAGCCUACGCCGCCUCCAAGCACGCGGCACUCGGCUUCUUCGACUGCCUGCGGGCGGAAGUGGAGGAAUACGACGUGGUCGUCAGCACCGUGAGUCCCACCUUCAUCCGCUCCUACCACGUUGAUCCAGGCCAAGGAAACUGGGAGGCCUCCAUAUGGAAAUUCUUUUUCAGGAAGCUGACCUACGGGGCGCACCCUGUGGACGUGGCGGAGGAGGUGAUGCGCACGGUGAGACGCAAGAAGCAAGAGGUCUUCCUGGCCAACCCCAUCCCCAAGGCCGCUGUGUACGUCCGCACCUUGUUCCCCGAGCUCUUUUUCGCCGUGGUGGCCUGUGGGGUGAAGGAGAAACUCAGCGUCCCGGAGGAGGGUUAACCGCCGGGCUUCAAACAGGUCUCCUCGAGGGGAAUAAAGGUUUUGCUGGUA